ACUUGGCUGAAGCCCUCAAACUGCAGUGACCAACAAAACCGAAAAACCAAAGUUUUUUGGCACAAAAACAGAAAAAUAGCCAAAACCGUGAAACCGAAAAUCCCAACGCCUCCCUCGGUAUUGUAUCAACUGAGAGACGCAACUGCUACUUGUAAAGUGUGAGUAAAACUGCAAAGAACGACAGAUUCCUUUGAAUUUCGUUGUCACCUUACGUGGAUUGGCCCGUGUGCAGAGUGCGUGUUGUCUGCGGCCCGAAAGUCGCGAACCUGCUGACAGAAAGUCAUCUAUUGUCGUGAAGCACCUCUCGACAGGUUCUAUUUGUUAUUGGGGUAUCACUUUUCCGAGCUGUACCUAUCAAAGUGUUUUAAUAAUAAAACGAGUGGCAGUUGAAGACUGAAAAGUGAUCGGCUGAACUAAUCGUGCAAGGCACGGAACAUCCGCAGACUGUGCACCGGUUUUACCAAUCAUGGAGUCCUCAAAAAGCACGGAAAUGAUCAUUAUUGAUGGCCCGCAGACCACUUUCGGAAGGAGAUAUUCGAAAGAGCGGAUCAUUACAUUUGUGGUGUUGGCUGUUGCAUUGGCCUUCUUAAUUGUGGGAAUCGUGUUGAUUACAAUUGCAGCAAACGACCAAGCGAGUCAAACAAAUGAAAAAUCGUCUGUUUCCAUUUCCAAUCAAGAGCAAGAAGGAAAAACAACCGAGUCCAUCCCAUCGACAACAAUCGGCGUUCCAAAAUCCACUCUCCCUCCUACCGCGACCACCAGCCCCUCAAGCAGAUGCGAUUUUUCAGAGGAGGCGAAGCGAGUGGGACUUGGUGAAUUCCUCGAUCGUGUCAAGGCAACAUAUUUCAAACUUCACCCCUAUGAUGUAUACUGGGAUCCUGAUGUAACUGAGGGCAGGAUUAAAACGGAAUUCGUUGGUUAUAAUCCUACGCCAUCCGUCAUCAAAAAACGAACGGACACUGCUUUGGGUCUUUUGAGCGAUAUCAAAGGAAAGAAGAUCAACACGGACUCGUUGAAGCCCCGCGAGAGGAAAGCACUUGCACAAGUGAAGCAUUACCUUCAACAUAUGUUCGGUCAGCCGUAUGACGUGAAUUAUUACGCCGGGGAUUGGAUGAUGGGACCGAAUUUGUUUUGCUGGCAGGAAAUCUGCUAUCAGGGAUACGCUGUUCACAACGGAUUGGGCCUCCAUCACAAACCUUACAACGCAUCGGAUGUGGAGCUGAUUGAAACGAAACUGAAGACUCACAAAGCAGGCAUUUUGCAAUACAUUGAAAAUAUGAAGAUGGGAGUGCUGAAAGGAAUGAUUCGCAGUGUGGAGGAAUGUGAAGCUGGAAUUAACACAAUCAAAAGGCAGUACUUGGAUAUUUCCUUGUACAACUCAACAGGUGUCUUACAAAGCUGGUUUGUCAAACCCCUGCUGGACCCUGAUUACUACAGUAACAUCACAGAAGACACUGAUAACGAAUGGAAGAAGACGCACAGUGGAAAAAAUGUCAGCGAAACCAUCCAGGAUUUUCUUGUGACUUACAUAGGAGAAGCACUCAGCCAGCUGUUAAGUUAUGUCGAAUUUGAACACAUCCGUCACUGCGUUCCCAGCAAUGUGUCCAGCGGCUUGGGCAAACUUCCACUCAAGUAUGUUUGGCUCGAUGGUAUAGAGAACAUGUCCUGGCCAAUAGACCCAUAUCUACCCACUGGUGAAGCGUUGAAUGGAUCGCAGGCCUACUUCCAAAUCAUGACGUAUUUCACAACAAAUGCCAUGACCCCCGGGGAAGUUCAUGAACUCGGCAAAAAGCAGCUCAGCAUUCUCUAUCCCAUUGGUUGUGGAAGUCGAUCGCAAGGCAAGUGACUGGAGAACCAGACAAUCAAACCGCUGUCACGAAAUUCAAAGCUAAGCUUAAUACGUC